CAACGUUCCGCGGCCUUUCCGCCCGGUAUUAGCCACCAACGUCCCUAGGCCAGGUUGGCAUGGUGCAGUGGAGUCUGUGAUUGAAGAGCAGCUGGCGCUUGUUGCUAUCUGAAUCAGGUCCAAGUGCCCGUCUUGUUCAAUGCAGAGAUAAGGCCCUUGGAAAACAUCGAAAAACACUCCUACACACAAAUUCUGCACAUAGAAGCACAAGUGAUACUGAAGCAGUCAAUACCACCAAAAGCCCUUUACUGACACGAAGCAGUACUGCAAUACCAUACUCCAGCAUGUCUACCAAAAGCAUUAUGCCGAAGAAAGAUUGGAUUUACAGGUUCACCUGUAACAUCGUGUUUGAGCAAGGGGACUUAUUCUUAGUCGCCGAUAUCAAUGGAGGAGGUGGUCAAUCUCCAGCACUUUGGGUAUUGUCUACUGAGAAUCGCCUAAUCAACGGCAACAUGAAGUGGGAGAUAUGGUCGCAUCCUCUUGAGCAGAGCACUAUAGUUGUUCUCUGGAACCGUCCGUCUGGGCGAUACAUAAUGAGUGUCGGUGACAAAGAAAAGAUUGAAACCAGCCAUGGCGAUGAGAAUGAGGUGAAGUUUCAUUGGUACCUAGAGGGCGCCGAUGUCAAGAACCCCGACAACAGAAUCCCCGUUAAAUUUCGAUCCGUCUUGUAUCCGUCUUUAUUCCUAGAUCUUGAAGUAAACAACCCCGUGGAUGGAACACCAUUUGUUUGCUGGAGAUCUCAUAACGGACCAACCCAACGAUUCAAUCUCCAUGUACUAUAGAUUAUUAUUCUGAAUACCACGUAGCUAGCAGUCAAUAUGUCUUAAAAUUGUGACGGUAA